AUGUCCAGAUCCCCAUCUACAGCGCGACCGUUAAAGGGGCGAUUCCUACAUAUCACAGAUAUCCAUUUUGAUCCGCACUAUAAAGUCGGAUCGGAUAUUGGCAGGGACGAGACCUGCCAUCACGGCUCCGGCCACGCCGGCUUCUACGGAACCCCGAAAUCCAGCUGCGACACCCCCGAGAACCUCAUCAACGCGACAUUCGCCUGGAUCCAGGAGCACCUGCGCGAUGAGGUCGACUUCGUCGUGUGGACCGGCGACUCCGCCCGCCACGACAACGACGAGAAGUUCCCGCGCCACCAGAAGCAGAUCGUAGCGCAGAACGAGUUCGUCGUAGAGAAGUUCAGGGAGGCGUUCGGGAAGCCGGAGGAUUGGGACGACAAUGACUCGACGAACGACUUCCUCGUUCCCAUCGUUCCGACGUUCGGGAACAACGAUGUGCUGCCGCACAAUAUCCUUUUGGAGGGGCCAAAUUUUUGGACGGAGCGGUAUUUGAAGAUUUGGAAGCAGUUCAUCCCGGGGGAGCAGAGGCAUCAGUUCCAGAGGGGUGGAUGGUACUAUGUGGAGGUCAUUCCGGACAAGCUCGCCGUAUUUAGCUUGAACACCUUGUAUUUCUUCGAGUCGAAUUCCGCCGUCGAUGGCUGUGCCCUACCAACCGAGCCCGGUUACGAGCACUUCGAAUGGCUCCGAAUACAACUACAAUUCCUCCGCGAGCGGGGCAUGAAGGCCAUCAUCACCGGCCAUGUCCCCCCAGCGAGGACCGAGGGCAAGAUGUCCUGGGAAGAGACUUGCUGGCAGAAAUAUGCGCUGUGGAUGCGACAGUACCGUGACGUCAUCGUCGGAAGCAUGUAUGGCCAUAUGAACAUCGACCAUUUCAUCGUCCAAGAUUUCGGAGACCUGCGUAAAGACACGAAGAAAGGAAAGAUGAAGUUGCAGGGCGGAACGGGGUCGCACAUCUCGACGGAGGACACGCGGGGACUUGUCGAAAUCAGCUCCGCGAGCAGCUAUCUGGUGGAAUUGAGGGAUCUCUGGGCGAGACUCCCACCACCUUCAAAAUUGGGGAAGAGGGCCGUCGAAUGGCAUGAAGAGAAGUACGAAGACAACGAUGGUCUCCUUGAUCUGAAAGACGACCAUUUUGCGGACAGCUAUUCUGUUUCGUUGGUUUCGCCGUCCAUAAUCCCCAAAUAUUUCCCGACCCUCCGCAUCAUCGAAUAUAACAUCUCCGGCCUGGAAGGGGCUUCGUCCGCCCCUAUUUCCCCCAUGCGAAGGCCACCAAACGAUCUUCAGAACCCGAUCCAGAACUCUAACCCUCGAUUGACGUCCCCGAUAGACUCGACAGCCCACGAGAGCUUCAAAGACUAUCUUAACCAGACGGACUUCGCCAUCGCGAUGAAAAAGGAAAAGAAGAAACAUCGGAAACACAAGAAAAAGAGCAAGCGAUACAAAUUCACCAUCCCUCACGGUCCUUCUUCAGCCGCCGUCCCUGGCCCUGCGUACUCCCCCCAGCCUCUCACCCUGCUGGGUUACACCCAAUAUUUCGCCAACCUUACCCACAUCAGCAACGAGCAGGAUCAUGGUUCGUCAAUCGUACCCGAGGAGCACGAUUCAACAGUCGGACCCGCCUCCUCAAAACCGAAACCCAAGAAGUUCGACUUCCACGUCGAGUACAGUACCCUUGACGAUUCAGUCUUCAAGCUUCGAGACAUGACCGUGCGAAGUUACAUCGGCCUCGCGCACCGGAUCGGCAGGAAAACCCAAGCCAGUUCUACUGAUGGAGACGCCAUCGAAAGUUCGAUACAGCCUGAAGGGAACAAGAAGAGGAAAGGGAAGAAGGGCGGGAAGAAAAAGCAGAAUGUGACGUGGUUGACAUUCGCGAGGCGAGCGUUUGUCGGUACGUCGGAUCCCGAGGAGCUCGAGAACUUGUGUGGGAGCGACUAG